UCCCCCAGCUCCAUGCCAGGCCUGCAUCGCGCAGAGGACAGCUGCACGGGUCUUCCUGCCUUCCUCCAGCCACCUCCAGCCCUACAGGAGAGGACUGGAAACGAAUGUUAUGUGGACAAAAACUAACAUAGUUCCCUGUUAAAAAGACCACACAAACGAUGUCUGUCUUGCUUCAAAGAAAAAACUGAGGCUCCUGCAACAGAACAGCAAUGGCAAUCUGGUGGACUACUGUGCUGGUCCAUCUUAUAACUCUGACUCCACACUCACAGGCAGCUUCCGAAUGGAUGAUAAUAGAAGGAUUCAAAUGCUGGCAGACACAGUGGCCACUUUGCCUCGGGGAAGAAAGCAGCUUGCUUUGACGAGAUCAAGUUCUUUAGGUGACUUCUCCUGGUCUCAAAGAAAGCUUGUUACCGUGGAAAAGCAAGAUAAUGGAACUUUUGGAUUUGAAAUCCAGACUUACAGGCUCCAGAACCAGAACAUGUGCUCUUCUGAGAUGUGCACUCUGAUUUGCAAAAUACAGGAGGAUAGCCCAGCCCACUACGCUGGCCUGCAAACUGGUGAUGUCCUUGCAAAUAUCAAUGGUGUGAGCACGGAAGGCUUUACCCACAAACAAGUCGUUGACCUGAUCAGAUCUUCAGGAAACGUGUUAACGAUAGAGACUCUUAAUGGAACAAUGAUUCUCAAAAGAACAGAGCUGGAAGCAAAGCUACAAGUUUUAAAGCAAACCUUGAAGAAAAAAUGGGUGGAGUUCAGAUCUCUGCAGUUACAGGAACAGCGUCUGCUUCAUGGUGACUCAGGUAACUGCUCGAGUUUGGAGAACAUGGACAUAGAUGAUUCAGUUUUGUUUGGAACCCUGCCUGGGCCCAGCCCUGCCCUCCUGGACCGGAAUCGAUUAUCCAGCGAGAGUAGCUGUCUGAGCUCCAUGACGAUGGACAGCGAAGAUGGCUACCAGACGUGUGUGUCUGAGGACUCAAGCAGGGGAGCCUUCAGUCGACAGACGAGCACAGAUGAUGAGUGCUUUGUCCCCAGGGAUGGGGACGAUUUUCUGAAGAGGUCUUCUUCGAGGAGGAACCGAAGCAUUAGUACUGCCAGUAGUGGGUCCAUGUCCCCCUUGUGGGAGGGCAACUUGUCAAACAUAUUUGGGACCCUGCCCCGGAAAAGCAGAAGGGGAAGUGUCCGGAAACAACUCUUAAAAUUCAUCCCCGGCCUUCACCGUGCAGUAGAAGAGGAAGAGAGUCGCUUCUGAUGGGCUGUCUUGCCCUUUUGUAUUAGCUUAUUUCGUAAAUAUCUCUAGACUUGUUUUAGAACAACUCCACCCGGCCUGGUGGGAAACUGUGGAGGGAUUGCAAAACUGAAACCCCAUUUCAUGGCAAUAGUGACCUUUAUUUAAAUUUUUGUGUUAUGAUUUUUGCUUCUUAGGUCGUUUUGUAGCCGGGAAAGCUCUGUUUAUAACCAGAAGGUAGGGGAAUUAAGUCAUAAGUUAGAUACUAUAACAAAUUAAUGCACAUUCCUGCUCAUUUUAAUGCUGCCUGUGAAGGCAAGGGUUAUAUUUAUUUUCUGGAUUAUCUAUGUGAAAAACUGAGAACUUUUCAGAGUCAAGUGUAAAUAAAAGAGUGACGGAAUAUAAUUAUUUGGGAUACCUUCCGUAGGUUCAUUGGUAGGUCACGGAACCAUAUGUUUGCUUAAGAUCAGGAGCCUCCAGGGAGGCUUAAUAAUAGGCAAUUUUGAACAUUUUCUGCUUAAAUCUGUGAAGGAUUAUAAAUAAAGAUGAUAGUCAGCUAUGUUUCACAAACACAGCAACAAUAAAGCAGGAGGCAUAUAAGUUAAUAUUAGGGUUUAGAUCCAUGAGAUCCAUGGAAACAUGUUGUCUAAUAGGGGUGCUGAGGAAGAUUAUGAUACGGCCUUUUUUAUAGUCAGCCUAAACAAAAUAGGUGAGAAUGUCACUUACGCAAUUCAACUUUUGUUCUGCCUAAACUUUGAUGGCAAGUCUAGAAUUCUCAAGAUCCUGCAUACAACUUUGCAAUCUUUGUUUUUGAGCAAAUGUCUGAAAUUUGAAAAAUUAAAGCCAGGAAAAGGAUUUUUCUCCUGUAGAGUUUUUCGCAUUAUUCCUCACUUUAUAUUAUAGAUUCCACAGUUACUGCCUUAGCAUUCUUUUGCGUGUUGGUCAUGUUAGUAUCACAUUACUUCUAGCCUUUCAAUCACAUUUUCAUUCAGUAUCCAUUUGAAGUCCAUGGUUACUCUCUUCUGGUGAUACAGCUGCUCAUGACCUAUAUUCUAGAGUAGACAGUGUAAUAAAUAGUCCUUACUGAUUUAAAGCUGUGUGUGUGUGUGUGUGUGUGUGUGUGUAUGUGUGUUUGGGAGAAAGAUGUUUGAUAGGUGACUUUGAGUGGAACCACACUUAAAUCAAAAGAAUGAGUCAUUUUGAGAAAGAAAAAAAAAAAGGAAGCGUGAGGAAGCCUGUAGGGUAAUAAAUGAAUGUUAAAAAAUAAAAUGUAAAAAGAUUUCUAAUUGGAACCUGCUUUCCAUUAAUUAUUUGAACUUAGAAUUAUCCAGUCGGCUCUGCUUGAGAAUCAUUCAUAUGAAAAGCAGUUUGUAGUAUUUCACAGGAACAGUUACAAUCCUGUGUACCACUUACUGAAUACCUAGCAGGUUAAAGAUGCUUUCCAUGUGAUCCGACCCUGUUAGAUAGGUGUUAGGCCUACAGAAAGGAGGAGGAAUUCAGAGAAGUUCCCAUGGCCAAGGGCGAGGCUUACAUCGAAAGCCAUUUCUUUCUGGCUCUGGCCUGUCUUCAGUCUUUCGAGAUAUUGUUUACUCUUUUGCUGGUUCUGUGUGGUCAUCACCACAGAACUUCCCCCCACCCCCACUCCUCAGAGAAUACAUAAAGCACACCCCUCAGAGACUCUGCAUGGGUAAAAAUUGUCUUUGGUAAAAAAGAAAACAAACACAUUUAGAAUAACUCUUUCUCUUGGCCUCCACAGGCUAGUUUUCAAACAUGGGCACAUUAAUAGCUACGUGGUUAACAAUACAUUUAUUUUCAGCAAGGGCUUGCAAACCAGUUGUGAUGGCCUGACACUGUUUAUUUCCCAUCAUAGAUUAGAAUGAUCAUCUGCAGUGUAUUUUGUUAACCUUAUUUUGCCAAAUCCGGGGGAAAGAAAUCAUCAUGUUUAUUUGAGGAAAGAUGGCUUUAAAUUCUUCUACAACGUGAUCAGUGUUUUAAGAACUUCCACAGAUCAUCUGGGAAAGCAGGUUAUAGGUUAUUUGCUUUUCUUCUGGCUUUACGUGUUAAAUACAGUAUAAUGCUUCUUCCUUACAGUAAUCGUCAAAUCUAAAAAAGUUCAGGGAAGGGACAGAGCGAAUUUUACUAUAGUCUGAGGUAAGAAGAAUUAGAGUCAAGAGUUUGAUAUGUUCUGGAAAGAAAGAAAAGCACGUUUUAACCAAAGUACAGGAAGGAAGGGUAUCUCAUGUUUUGUGUGUUCACAAGUUGUAAGGAAACUAGCUGUUCAGUGGAAAUGUGGGUAAAUUUCUCACAGCAGAGCUUUUCAGACUUGUGACCUCAGUGGGGCUCUAGAAGACUUCAUUUCUCUAAUCUUUUGGAGCACAAUGACUCACUUUGAUGUAAUUUUUGAGAAAAUAAUUGAAAAGCUAAGUGCUUUGUUUUUUGCUUAUCCCAAAGUUGUCAAAUAUGCGAUAUUGGUGGAUUUCACUAAUUGAUAACUGGUUGUGAAAAUGCAUUUUUUGUCGCAUGGCAGGCAUCGAGAAGCCAAGUUUGAAUGAAGCAUUUUGAGAAUUAUUCUGUCAUGUGGCUAAAGGAACACCAGCUUUGUGGUGUCAGAAACGUGGGUACUCUGUUUUUUUGAAAUGAGCUUUUCUUCAUCACUUUCUACUUUGUAGUGUUUUUAUAUCUUAGUUGCAUGUACAAAUAGUAUUAAAAAUCCUAGUUUGAACUGAAGAAAUCAAACUUGGGUAUAAUUUGUGUGUACUGAUCAUACAGUAUAUUUAUGGAUGUAUACAACUUAAGUAUAGUAAAUACUACAUAACAACUAUAUCCAACCCUUCAGUUUACAAGGUUAUUGGUACUUUGUAUCUAUUUCCUUACAGAAUAUGGGCAAUAAAAAAGUUAAUACCUUUCUGGAAUAAAGAAUGCUAUUCUUCAGUG